AUGUCCUUCGACAGCUACACCGCCAUCUGCAUCCCCAAGCGCUAUGAGGUCCUCAUGAAGCCAGGGGUUUGUGGGAAGAUGGCAGUCGACUCCUGGUUCAGCGGAGGGCUGUUCGGGGUCUUGCGUACAACUUCGACCUUCUCCUUGUCCUUCUGCGGGUUCCACGUUGUCCAUCAUUUCUUCUGGGACCUCCCCUCCCUGCUGAAGAUCACCUGCUCUGAAGACCACUCAUCCAUCGACGCAAGCAUUACCUUUGAUCUAACCAUAGGUGCCAUAGGCUCCAUUUCCACUGUUGUCUCAUACGUGCGCAUUUUCUGGGCUGUUCUGAGGAUGCCGGCUGCCAAGGGCCGGUCCAAAUCCAUAUCCACCUGCCUGCCCCACCUCGGCAUCGUCACUGUCUUCCUCUUCUCAAGCGUGUUUCGUUAUCUCAAGCCUCCCUCACACUCUUCCUCGGUGUUCGACCUGCUGAUGUACGUGUUCUACGCCGUCAUGUCCUCGACCCUGAACCUCCUCAUCUACAGUCUGAGGUACCAGGCCUUGAAGGCUGCUCGGUGGACAGCUUUAAAAAGGUGUUUUCCCCAGACUCUUCUAUGA